AGACGGUGCUCGUGGGUGCUAAGUGCUUUCUCCGGUUGUUGUUUGGAUCCGCUAUAUCGCCAAGAUGCGCUGGAAUUGUCUAAUACUCCUGGCUGUGUUAGUCGUGAACUGUACUGCCAAAGAGGAAGACGACACCAACGAAGUGUCCGUAACUCCUCCAUCCAUAAAUUUGAACGUAAACUUCAGAAAAGCCCUUCUAAAAGCCUUGAUAGAAUUAGAAAACGAGGAUAACAACGACAAUCCCGAUGAGGAUUCAGAGAAAAUCGUGGAAAAGGCGUCUGCUUCUGCGUUGUCGGUGUUCACUAACUCUGAAGGUGUGUCCACGACAUCAACAUCAGCAAAACCCAUCACUAAAAAGACUGCAGAAUCUCCUGUUUCAUCUAUUCUAGUUCAAAGAAGUCAGGCUGUCCAGCAGUCUCCCAUAACAACGUUCGAAAAGGAAGAAUUAGAUCCAUUCAACGACGCCGAGCAAAUCCUGACCAGCGCUAGCAGCAGUUUCACUCUGCCUGAUACAAAUAGUCUUCGUUCCGAUGGCGAAUCCAGAAGUAUAAAUAAAAUAGUGCCUAAUAUAGUUAAAUACGACAAAUUAACUACCACCGAGUUUAACAAAAUUGAAAGUACCACAACUACCCCAACAAGUUCUACAGAAGAAAGUGAAGCUAAAGCGGAAGAAGUACAGUUCUUCUCAGCUCCCCUGGUAGUAGCUUUUACCGUUCAUCAGGACGAACAAGGAGUUCCUAAAAAAGUUGAAUCUAUUCUCAGACCUGAGCAGAAAAAACAACAAGAAGAAAACAUUUUGCAAAGAGAAUCUAAAUUAACUAAACCUGAAAAGAUUCAAGUUGAUUCUCAACUCGAGUUCCAGCAAAAACAAAAACUCUUAGAACAAGAAAUCCUAAGGUUAAAUUUGAACUUGAAACAGCAGCAGUUGCAAAAUCAGCGACAACAAGAACUAUUCCUUAGACAGCAGCAAGAACAGCUUAGGCUUAGAAACAACGCACAGCCUUUUCUUCCCAUAGCAAAUCCCACGUUUAAACAGUUCAAUGGUGAAGUGAAUACAGAGAAACCGAUUGUAAAUCAGUUCAUUCAAUUUGGACAAUCGUUACCAACCAAACCUGCACAGCCAUUCAAUGCGGACACAACCAACAAUAACAGCGGAGUGACUUUAGUUUCUAGCGUCGCUUACAACCCCAUAAUAGAAGCGGGAAAAUUGCCUUUGAACGCCCAGGUGUUGCCAGUGAGGGGUCCCAUCAACUUCCACACUCCCAUCAUUCAGACAGCUGGUUUCCAACAAUUUCACUCCAUACCUCAAGCAACAUCGUUGGUUAACACUUUGAAUCAACUACCAAUAAGCCAUCCUCAAAUCUUUGUAACCGAACAAGAAAAAAGAGUACCUCUGGUAAAUACUUUCCACCAGCUGCCAAUAAACCAACCGCAAUUCAUUGUAACCGAUCAAGGAAAGAGGACGUUCAGGCAAGAAGUAGGUACAGGGAACUAUUUGAAUAAUGAUCCCAAUAGAAUAUCUCAAUCAUUUUCUAUACAAAAAUCAGUGCAGCCAACUAACUCUCAACCAAUCAAUCCGAAUUUUACGCAAUAUUUUAAUACUUUUUCUUUGGCUCAACCACAACAGGUAAAUAGGAUUUUUCGGUCAAGUCUGGAAGGUACCUUAACAGCGCCGCCUCAGCAGGUACAAAGUAACAGAUUCUUUAGAUCGAAUCUGGGACCUCCAAGUAAUUUUAAUCAUCCACAAAACAAUAAUUAUCAACUAAGUAAUUUACUGUACAACUCUGGGGCGCUUGGAAAUAAAGUACCAGAAGAUAUCAAUAUAAUUUCUAAGGUCUUGGCUCUUAAUCAUUCAGGUGGGAACCAGUAUUUGAGUUCAAAUUCGUAUGGGAGGAAGUAACAGACGAACACAAGCUCCUUUUGGAUGCGAAUUAUUUAUUGUACAUAAUAUUUAGUUAUAAGUUAUUUUAUGAAGAAAUUCGUAAUGAUUGAAAGAAAUUUAAGCAAAUAUUCUUGGGCCAAUUAUAUUUAAGAUAAAUAUGUAUAUUUGUAUAUUUUUUUAUGCAGCCAUGACUGAAUAAAACCAUAAAUUUUACAGUAAGACUUUAUUAUUAAUAUUAUUCCUUAGCAGAGUGUACUCAAGUUAUUCACCAACAGUUCAAUUAAGAAGUCUUGUAAUAAAAUAUAUUAGAAAAUCCAUCAUUAAUUUCCAGUUAUUGGCAAUUCCUGAUAUAAAAUUAGUUUUAUUUAUGUCUAUACAAUUUUUGUGGUUAAUUUAUUAUUUUUUGGGAUGCAGUAUCUAAUAAACAUAGUACUUUCUUAUGAUUAUUACAACACUUCUUUAGUUUUUCAUAACGAAACAAAU